AUGGCGUCUAUACAGCCGGUAGGGUCAUCUGGCCCUUCGUCCAACAUCAAUUCUCCGACCUUACCUCCAGGGACCGCACCUUUCUUUAGUGGUACAGUCACAGGUCAGAACGCACGAUCCUCGCCUGCCCCUCCCAGCAAUGCAUCAGUGCAAGCUGAUGGCGCAAGAUCGAAACGCAACAAACGCGAUAGCCGGAAGAAAAGAGAGGCCAAGGGUCUCGACCAGGAAUCCAUCCCGCCUAAGAAGAAAGCCGCGGUUGCGCCGAACACCGCGCUUCCGAGCUCCGAUAUCAGCAUUCUCAGACCCCUAUUACUCGCCGAACCCAGGUCUUCGGACCUAUUACCGCCACAGCCUCGUCAACUGAGUUUUGUGAACCGCAAAACAUCAGACGUGCUCGGUCAGAGCUGGGACUUCUAUGAGGUUGUUGACAAACUCACAAAUAAGAAUGGCUUUCGUUAUAGCUAUGCUAUAGCCGACCCAAGCUUUCCGCACAUCAAGUACCGUCAGACCGAUGUUCCCCCUUAUCAUGCCCGGUUCAGUUUCGAGGAUUCGCCCGCAGCAAUUUUUUUCGGUGAGGAUGCGCGCGCGGUAACAGCCAGCAGCGCCUGGCAUACUGCGCGUGCUAAUGUCUGUGCGCGCGAGGGCGCAUAUUAUUACGAGGCGCGCGUGAUCAACGGGAUUCCUAAUAAUUCGCAAUCUAUCUCAGCUAACGAAUCUUCUCAAGGCACGCCAAAGGGUCACGUCCGUCUUGGAUUUGCACGACGGGAGGCUGAUCUUGAUGCGAACGUGGGUGUUGACUGUUACGGGUACGGAAUCCGUGAUGUAAACGGCGAAGUGGUCAAUAGAAUGCGCUGCGAGUACUUUUUCCCGAAAGGUGAAUCAAUUCGCGAAGGGGACGUUAUCGGCAUGCUCAUCACGCUUCCACCACUGUCCCUCCACAAGAAGGUAGUCGAGGGAACGUAUGAUCCUACUGUCGAUGGAGAUGGGACUUCACCAACAUCAGAGGCUCUCACAUCGACAAAUUUUAUUCGGGAUCGCAUUCCCUUCCACUAUAAGUCUGAUUUCUGCUGGCAGCAGUCAAACGUAUUCUCCACAAAACAUCUACGGGAUUAUGCGUUCAACCUCAAAGAGACGCCCACAUUUGGUCCACCAUCGCCGUUCAACAGCGAAGACCCUUCUCUACGCACGCUGCCGGGUUCGAGCAUCACAAUUUUCAAAAAUGGAGAGAAGAUGGGUACUCCAUUCCAAGAAUUAUAUGCGUUCCUUCCGCCGGCCAGCCGACUUGCAAACGGAACCAAUAACUUAGGCAUUGGUGAGCGAGAGAACGCCGAUGACGGAAUGAUUGGCUACUACCCUGCUGUCAGCUGCUAUGGCGGCGGUGCCGUGGAAUGUCGCUUUGAAGGACCCUGGUGGGUUGGACCACCGUCUCACACAGAGAAUGGCGAACCUGUCCGGGGCAUCGGCGAACGCUUCAAUGAGCAGAUUGUUGAAGACGUCGUGGCCGAUAUUGUUGAUGAGGUCGAAGCAAUGCUCAUAUGGGGCGGUGUCGACGGUGAUGUUGUUGGCAAUGCGGAAGUUGACAGCGCUGGCGCCGGUGCUGUUGGGGGCUCCGAAGUUCUGAAGGGCGGAGUCGGGGCAGCGUUUGAUCCUCGAAUGGAUUCAGUCCCUGGCGCGGAAUUUGCAGACACCGAAAAUAUUUCCAAUGGAUUGGAAACAGGCGUCACCAACGUGGGCUCAGGCCAUUUGACGAUCGAGGAUGCUCUUAGUGUGGGCCAGGAGGGUUCUCCCAACGCGGCGACACCCUCAGCGCCUUUAGAGAACACAGUCCCGACGGAGGACAUUGAGAUGUCAUGA